AUGGAUCGGUCUAUGUUUACAAGUGCAGAGGUAAUAUUGGCAAAAGAACGACACCUGAAAUACCAGGGCACUGCAAAAAUCAAAAUCAGCCAAAUAUCUCUACCUUUGGAAUACAAACCUGAUAAUGUCGACAGACUUUGUGGCAUUUUCGAGAAAGAAAACUGUGACAGAAUUGCACUAAGAAAUCAUGUCGUUGCAACUAUCUCGAAAGAAAAUCUCAUGCGUGCCUUGAGUGACCAGCAGACGAACCUGAGCUCCCUGAUGGGUCAGCAGUCUGACCGUCAUGUUCAUCUGGAUUUCCCCGUGGGCCAGAUAGUCUGCCUCCAUGGACAGCAUCGCCUUAGGGCAGGCAACGAGUUCUUGGCACCCUAUGAGCGAUGGUGGACGGUUGAUCUAUAUUUGAACGACAUGAGCAGUGAGCUACAAACAGAAUUGACCGAGGAAUAUUCUAAUGAAGCUCAACCCAACGAUGGCGAAGUGUAUCGCAAGGUGCGCCAGUAUCAGUAUGAAGCCAGUAGCCGCUUUGAAGACCGAUGGCUGGCCCGAUUAUCACCGAAUAAACAAAAGCGGAUGCGACAGCUGUCGCAACCAGAAAAUGCUUCUAUUCGCUCCGCCUUUGAUGCAUUGUUACCGAUUCCCGGUCUGUGGAAAGUGAUGAGCAUUGGGAAUUUACCUCGAAUCAUUGCCCUCAAGUGCGACGAGGAAAUUGUCCACUACCUACAAUACGUCAAAGAUUUUUGGUCGUCUCUCGUCCGUGACGACCGAAACCAAAUGGAGAAGAUCGAUUAUGCUACAAUUAAGGAACUCCAGCUUCUGGUCCCCGGAGGGCUGGAUCGCAGAAAAGUCAAAGGUCUCGUAUUAAGUGGCGAGGCAUUCAGUAAGUUUGACCGCUCUGAAAGAAAGGCUAUCUGGAGGAAGUUACGGGGUCGAAAAGAACUCAUCCCCUCGCUGUACACCUUUUUUAAAGAUAUUUCCUACUUGGAGGCUUGUGCGAGUUGCUUAAAACGAUUAGUGGAUCUGGCCGGACUCCGUCGUCCCACGAUGUAUUCUGCCAUGAAACACAUGUAUAACCCAAAUGAACAUGUUCGCGGUCAUUACCGAGUCCAAGAGUCGGAAACGGGGUUUCGAGAAUGUUCUGGGACGGCUGAGGAAGCCAGAGACGCUGGAUAUCGACAACUCUGGCUGUUUGCCUUCCGACAUUAUCCUAAGAUGCCCAACGCUGUUCAGAAAGGUAAGCGUCUGGUGAAGGCCAAAUUCCAGGGUGCCGACCAACGUACUGUCCAUCGGAUGGCCGUCCUGGCUAGCCAGCUGGGUUUCACAUCUCCACAAAUCUUGCAGAUUAAUCGGGAAUCACCGGACCGUCAGCUUGCUCGUACAGCUCUCCUGGAGGCGCGAGAACGUGACGACUAUCGCUAUCGUUCUAUUGAGUCCCUUAUUGACCGUAUGCUUGAAUUGUUUCAAGAAGCCAUUCCUACCGACUCCCAGCCCUCAUACCAUCAACGUGCCUUUCCGACCGUCCCUCGCCGGCGUCGGUGCGGACAGCCCUGCAUAGAGGCUCAUGAGCAAGAGAGGAAAUUCCUUUUCUUCGAUCAUAUGGAAGGCCCGUCCUCCGAUAAUGAGGUGUCUGCGUUGUUUGUCAGACGAUGUGUGUAUUUCGCCUUUUUUGGUAAGCCUUCCGAGCCGUCGCAGAUUCCGCUGGAUGAAGACGUCUCGAGCCACCACUCCCCUCGCUCACAUUCGUCAUCCUUGUCCUUUCCUGAAGAACAUAACCUAUUUGAUGAACGCGAAAUGGCAGAUAUCUCAGACCAUGCUACCGGUCGACCUGAUCAUCGAACAGAUGAGCGCGAUCAGCAAGAUCAGGGGGACCACAGGCGAGAGGAGCGGCGGCGGCAGCGGCAAGCUCGAGAAGUACGCCGAAGUCAGAGGCGGGAACAGAAGCGGGAACGGAGGCAGCAGAGACAACUUCGCCGUCAGCAAAGACGAACUAGGGGCGAGGGUGGAGAAGGAUCUACCGCUGGAACUGAGUUGGUGGAUCAAGACGGGAUGAGUCUCUCUGAUGGCAGGGCCUCCACACUAGGAGAUAUGAACGAGUUAGACAUCUUCAACGAGUACGAACGCAGUCCAACGCAGCCCGAUCAUGGUAUAGCCAAUGAUACUGAAGAAGGAAAUACUGAAAUGAUAGCUGCUACUAACACUGAUCAACAACACCCCGAUGCAUCAACUCACCCAGGAGCGCUGUUGGAAACUGUCCAGCAUACUGCAACUGAACAGUUCAUAGCAGCACCAGUCGGCCAACCCCAAACACCAAACCAAUCGAGCGCGGAUUCUACGGAGAAUACAACAAGACAAGAAGCGGUCACAGAACCGAGUCCUGACAAUUAUGUGGAAAGAAUCAUCGAUGACAACGUUGGAUCAAAUCAACCGGUGCAAGGAGUUGCAGUUUCCCCUCCACUCAAUCAGGGUAAAGAUGACGUCUCAGUCGAAGAAGCUGACACCCUUCCAGAGCUUCCAUCAGACGACCGGAUAGCGAAUCACCGGUUAACGCUAGGUCCGAGGAAGAAGCAAAUGGCUGAUCGACGACCAUUGAAGACCGCAGCGUCUAAGCGACGGGCUGCGGAAAGGUCUCGUCUUGCAGCUGUUGAUGCAGUCCCUGCUGAAUCACCCAUCUUUGCAGAGAAUCGAGGCACACAGUUGGAUGUUGAUCGGAUUCCAGGGUCCACGGAACAGGAAAGCUCUCAACUAGAAGAUCCGUCAGCCGGUCCUGGACUAGAACUCCCGACAGAAGAGCUGGUGGCACAGCAGAGAGCCAACACGCUCUCCCAAUUAGAAAAUGGCCAGAGUGCCCCACCGCCGGUGUUAAUAGAGCAACAGGCCUCAUCUGAACCCGUUCCCUCAUCUUCUAUGCAAAACUUCAUUACCCGGUUGCGCGAGUCACCAAAUUCGGAAGAGGAUAACUGUGAAACGAUUCUAGAAACUGGUAAGGCCCAAUUCGAGUUUUCCCAUGGUGAUCAAUUGGAACACUACGUUGAAAAACAACCAGCAGAAAGGACAGCACCAGCAACAGUGGAGUCAGCGCCAGUCGCAGACACGCCUGUUGGAAGAGAUAAGCCCCGAAGCCCUCCGCCUGGGGAAUCCCGUCGGGAAUUACCAGCCGAGCAGAAAGCUGCCGACGAAGCAUCGCGUCAACAGAAAGCAACGACACAAGUGGAAAGCGCCCAGCGAUCCGUAGAGGAAUCCGAAGAUAGUUUUACCAGGACUCGGGCUGCAGGUAAUCUCUUUAGUGACGAAGACGACGACGAUGAAGAUCAUAUCUCACCCGACGAAGGCCGAUCUUUAGAGCCGCUCGCCGGACUGGCGAGCCAUUCUACUCCAGCACAUGGCGAAAAUGAUGCAGAUUCUUUAACCCACCCUCUUGGCAGGACUAACCGAAAGCGUUUUGCUCGAACAGCUCGCCACGCCCCAUAUCAACGGCCCCCUACCAAAGGUCGCCAAAAACCAGCUAGGCGUGAUACUCAAAUCGACGUUGACAACUCGCCUUCGGACAACAUUAGCGAGCUUUUUCAUCAGCCGCCUCCAGAGGUCCCUCCCACUGACCUGGUGCCAGACAACGAGACGGCGGACACCGGUCUUCGCGUUCCCGAUGGUCGUAGCAAUGAUCGUAGAAAAAAAGCGGCCAACAGGAUUCGACAGCAACGAUCACCCAGCACACCAAUUUCUCACGAGCAAUCAAAUCGUGUCAUUAUUUUCCGGGUUUGGACGGGACUCCGGUGGAGUGAGAGGACCAAAGUCGAUCUCGGUGCGUCAGAUCCGCUACAGGUGGAGCGGGAAGCCCGCCGUUUCGUUGAACACUACUACGCAAACCUUCGAGACGCACGGAUGCGUUCAAUGACCCCAGUGGAGUGUCUUCAGUCAGCUCGGGAUGAUGGGAGCAACUCGAUCUUCGUGAUUUUUCCUGAGGACGGGGAGGUCACCGACGCGAUGGAGCAGGCUGCUGCAAAAUUCAUCAUUCGAAGGGCGAGCCAACAGAUCUUGUCUAGA